CAAGGAGGCGUGGGUCUUGGAGCUCAGUCGUGAAGAGGCGUGGGUCUGGAUUGCGCACAAGAGCUGACGGUGCGUUCAUGAACGCACUCACCCUGUGGUUUGCUUGGAUCCAAGUCAAGGGGAUGCAGUUGUAGCUUCGCUUUUGGUUUUAGUUUACUCGAGAAGACAAUAUUUUCUAGAAGAGUGCAAGACGUGCACCAGUUUUGCAAUUCCCCCCCACUUUCCGUCAAAAUGUUCCCGGGGCGAGUUCGCUCAAAGACGCCGGGGACGGGCGCUCUCGUGGCCCGCUCGCUGCUGCGCCUCGCCGGGCUUCUGCUCGCUUUUCUUCCUGGAUGUGGAGCCUUCAACCUGGACGUGGAAAACCCGUCUGUUUACAGUGGGGACAACGGAAGCUACUUUGGAUACGCGGUCGACUUUUAUUUGGCUGACUCCGCCAGUGCCAGCGUGGUGGUGGGCGCUCCCAAGGCUCACACCAAGCAAAUCGACAUUGUUGAGGGAGGCUCCGUCUCCUCCUGUCCCUGGAGCCUCGGCCAAACCGAUUGCCACACUAUUGAAUUUGACGCAGAAGGUGCUCGUGUCGUCUUGAUCAACAACACGGUGCAUCAGAUCGAGUUCAAGUCGCACCAAUGGUUCGGAGCCACGGUGCGUUCCCACGGUGACACGAUUCUGGCCUGCGCACCUCUCUACUCGUGGCGGACCGAAAAGGACAUACCUCGCUCGGACGCCACUGGGACCUGCUACCUCUCCGUUCAGAAUUUUACCAAAUUUGUGGAGUACGCACCUUGUCGAACAGAAAUCAGCGAUGAGGGAGGACAAGGAUACUGCCAAGGAGGAUUCAGUGCCGACUUUACCACGGACGGUCGAGUGGUGUUGGGUGGGCCGGGCAGCUACUUCUGGCAAGGUCAAGUGAUCUCAGCAGAUAAAGAGGACAUUAUUGAGGCCUACUACCCGCGCUACUUUAUGCAGUCUGUGGGCGGUCAAAUCCAAACAAAACAGGUCCAGGCUAAACAUGAUGACAGCUACCAAGGUUAUUCGGUGGCUGUGGGGGAGUUCAGUGGCGAUCAAGUUGAAGAUUUUGUGGCUGGCGUUCCAAAAGGAGUCAUGCUUUAUGGUUUGGUUUCCAUUCUAAAUGGAACAGACUUGAAGAUGAUGAUUAACUACACGGGCGAGCAGAUGGGAUCAUAUUUUGGCUAUGCAGUGGCCACCACUGACAUCAACAGUGAUGGGAUGGUCGACCUGAUGGUGGGCGCUCCCAUGUUCAUGACGCGAGGCUCUGACGGCCGCCUGGAAGAAAUGGGCCGAGUCUACGUAUACCUGCAGCGGGCUCCCUUGAGCCUGGAACUCGGGCCACUUCAUCUGACAGGCACUCAGGUGUUUGGCAGAUUCGGCAGCACCAUUGCACCCUUGGGUGAUUUGAACCAGGAUGGAUUCAAUGAUGUGGCUGUGAGCAGUCCAUUUGGCGGAGAGGAGCAGCAGGGCUUGGUCUACAUCUUCAACGGCUUCCACCAAGGCCUCAAAGAGAAGCCAUCCCAGGUGAUUGCGGGCCAGUGGGCCGCAGGUUCCAUUCCCGCCAGUUUUGGCUUCGCUCUCAGAGGGGCCAAGGAUCUGGAUAGGAAUGGUUACCCAGAUCUUAUUGUUGGUGCCUUUGGAGUUGAUAAGGCCGUUCUCUACAGAUCCCGGCCCAUCGUCAACACCAGCGCCUCGCUGACGGUGUACCCCACCAUGAUCAACCCCGAAGAGAAGAACUGCAUGAUCACGAACGGGAACACAAGUAUUUCCGUUUCUUGCGUCAACUUGAGUUUCUGCAUAUCGGCUGAUGGGAAGCACCUACCCGACGUUCUCGAUUUCCAGGUGGAGUUGCAGCUUGACAGUCAGAAGUUGAAGCAGAAAGGAGCGGUGAGACGAGCUCUUUUCCUGGAUUCCCAGCAGCCUUUGCUGCAGAGGAACAUACGUGUGCGCCACGGCGAGCGUGUGUGCAACCACACCAAGAUCUACCUCAGGGAUGAGAAGGAAUUCAGGGAUAAACUCUCCUCAAUCUUGGUGGCGUUGAACUUCAGCCUGGAUUCCAAAGCUACUGCGGAUCAGCACGGCCUGCGACCCAUUCUCAACUAUCAAUCCGCCAACAUGAUAGAGCAAAAGGCUCAGAUUCUGCUGGAUUGCGGAGAAGACAACAUCUGCGUCCCCGAUUUGAAGCUGGCAGUCCACGGGGACAGAAAGGAAGUGUACCUGGGCGAUGACAACGCCCUGACCUUGACUUUCAACGCCAGGAAUGAGGGCGAGGGUGGCGCCUACGAGGCAGAGCUCUACGUGGUGCUACCACCCGAGGCCGACUACAGCGGCAUCGCCCGUAAUAAUGAGAGCUUGACCCAGCUGACCUGCAGCUACGACACCGAGAACCAGACCCGAUACCUCAGUUGUGAUCUGGGGAACCCCAUGAAGUCUGGCACCAGUCUUUGGGCAGGUCUUCGUUUCACGGUGCCUCGACUUAAAGACACGCACAAAACGGUCCAGUUUGAGCUGCAGAUUCGCAGUAAGAAUGAGAACAACUCUCACAGCGAGGUGGCGCCUUACAAGUUGGAGGUGGUCGUCCAAGCUGAGGUCAUCCUGCAAGGGGUGUCUCGCCCAGAUAAGGUCUUCUUCCCACCGGCCAACUGGAAGGUGACCAAGAACUACGAAAUGGAGCAGGAAGUGGGGCCAGCAGUGGAACACAUCUAUGAGUUGGUGAACAAUGGGCCCAGUCGGAUCAGCCACACGCUUCUGGAGCUGCGCUGCCCCUUGGCCGCCCAGGGCCACAAUCUGCUUUACCCCCUUGAGUUCUCCACCGAGGGCCCCAUCAACUGCACCUCCGACAGCAACGUGAACCGCCUCCAACUCAGACUCCAACACACGGCAACAGAACCACCUCAUCUGGCUCUGAGGGCCCAGGAGCACCGUGUGGAAAGGCGGGAGGCGCACAAGAACCCGCUCGCGCACUCGACAAACCUGUCUUGCUCCAAUGUGAACUGCUGGGCCCUGCAGUGCCAAGUGGGUCUCCUGGAGAAGGGGACCACGGCCAUCCUCAAAGUGCGCUCCCGCGUCUGGGCGGAGACAUUCAUGGAGAGAGCAUACAAGCAGUAUGUGCUGGAGUGCCUGGCCAGAUACAGUGUGAAGACCAUGCCCUACGCCAUCCUACCCAAACAUGUUCCCAGUGGACACAAAAAGGUGGUGACCCCAGUGGUGUGGAACAAACCUGACAUUGACAACUCGGUCCCACUAUGGAUCAUCAUCUUGGCCAUUCUGGCAGGUUUGCUGCUUCUGGCCUUGCUCAUCUUUGUCCUGUACAAGUUCGGCUUCUUCAAGAGAUCCCUCCCGUACGGCACCGCCAUGGAGAAAGCCCAACUCAAACCGCAGGCUGCCUCGGAGGCCUGAGCGGCCCACGCGAGCCAGGCUCCCUCUAGCAGGGCUGCAGAACCACAGAACCAGGCCACAUGAUUGCAAGGGAGACACACGACGGAAGAUUGCAAAAAAAAACAACAACAAAAA